UUACACUGAGGAGUUCCAGUGAGCUGCACUGGGAAAGAAAAACAAGGAAAUAGAAGUUUGGAUUAAUCUACCAGGUGUUUGUUUUGCAGAGGAGAAACCUUUUUGGUUUGGGAGGUCGCCAUGAAAAGCCUGGAUCUUUUCCUGCUGGCAUGCUGCUUAUGUAGCCUGGGCGCACUGGGAGGUGCGUCUGAUGUGGAGAAGGCUCUGAUGAAGCAGCUCUUUUUCAACUACAACGUAAAGGUGCGGCCAGCACGCGUACCUGAGGAGAGGGUAGUGGUUCGUGUGGGUAUGGUCCUCUCUUCUUUCGUUGGACUGAACAUGAAAAAUGAAGAAAUGAGCACAAUUGUUGUCAUGAAUCUUGAAUGGACAGAUUAUCGGUUGUCAUGGAAGCCCAAGGAGCAUGAUGGGAUUGAGGUGAUGCGUAUCCCCUCUGGGAAGGUUUGGCUGCCUGACAUUGUCCUCAUCAAUAAUAAUGAUGGAGUGUUUGAUGUGGCCCUGCCUGUCCAUGUCCAAGCUUACAGUAAUGGCAGAGUGACCUGGACCCCCCCUGCACUCUACUGCAGCUCUUGCGGAGUUAAGGUACAAUAUUUCCCGUUUGACUGGCAAAACUGCACCAUGCAGUUUCGCUCCUACACAUAUGACUCAACAGAAAUCGACAUACAGUACGCACUGGACUCAAAAGGCAAAGAAAUCAGGGAGAUCCAACUGGACGAAUCUUACAGUGAGGGUGGGGAGUGGCACAUCACACACAGGCCGAGCAGGAAGAACGUGAAUGACGAUCUAUACGAGGAUAUGACCUUCUACCUCAUCAUCGAGAGGAAACCUUUGUACUACGUCCUGAACAUCAUCCUCCCCUGCAUCCUCAUCACCAUCAUCGCCAUCUUUAACUUCUACCUGCCUCCUGAUGCAGGAGAAAAGAUGGGUCUGUCCAUCAACGUGCUGCUCACCCUCACUGUGUUUCUGCUGCUGCUGGCCGAUAAGAUCCCAGAGACGUCACUGGGUGUCCCCAUCAUUGUCAACUACAUCAUGUUCACCAUGAUCCUGGUCACGUUUUCUGUCAUCCUCAGCGUGGUCGUCCUCAACCUCCACCAUCGCUCACCCAACACUCACAUGAUGCCCAUGUGGGUUCGCAAGAUCUUUAUCCAUAUGCUUCCUCCUUACCUUGGCAUGCUGCGUCCAAAAGUAGAGACUCCCCUAUCCCUGGAGACCGUGCCCCGGAGAGAGAAAAGGGCGGUUGCCAUCAGCAAAGUGGCCGAUGAGUACUUCAUCCGCAAGCCAGACUCCUCUAUCUUGUUCCCCAAACCCAACAGGUACCAGCCGGAGGGUAUGUGUACAGAUCUAAGAAAGUUCAUUGAUGGGCCCAGUAGCUACCUCACGCUCCCUGAUGAGCUCAAGACAGCAAUAGAUGCCAUCACAUAUAUCGCUGAGGCUCUGCAAGCUGAGAAGGACUACGAAGCUCUAAAAGAGGACUGGCAGUACGUGGCCAUGGUGGUUGACAGGAUGUUCCUCUGGAUCUUUGUCGUCUUCACCACUGUGGGCACCUUGGCCAUCUUUGCCGAUGCUAGCUUCAACCACACACCCACUGACCCCUUCAAAGCCCCCUGAAUCAGUGGGACAUUUGGUCUUUUUGAGCUAUACCUUCCCUGAUCUACCACAUAAAUAAAUAGGGAAGAAGAAAGCACUGUGUCAAAGAUUAUCUGGGGUUUAGUUUACCAUCAGCCUACUGUGCCAACAAUGUAGGAACUCUUACUGUAUAUGUAACCCAGGAAAGAAACUUGUCCACUGCACCUCGUGUUUUCUAUACUGUGAUCUGUUAUCAAGCACUGCCAAUUAAGAUAACUUUCUUGCCUGACUUAGCAACCCCAAAUGACCUCAAGAUCUGCCUUUUUUGUUGACAAUGUCAAUGUUGAAAUUCAUCUUGACAAUAGUCCAUAUCUUGACAAUAACUUCUAACACAGCUUUGUCAUUCUUAGCCAUAUGGAAAGCAAAAACAAUAAUUUCAACUCCUAAGUCUUGGACCAGUAAAGCAUAAAUCCUGUACAACCAGUUCUUGAACCUUGAUUGCACUAUUGCAUCAACACUUAAGAUUACAAAAUAUUGAUCAGCCAGGUCAAUUUCUGGACAUUGAGCAUGAACAGAAGGGUGUGCAUCUUUAUUCUACCCACCCUCAGAGGAUGGCAUGUUGUUUAAACAGCUGAGGCUUGUCAGAUUGUAUCAAGAAUUCCUGCAAGGUUUGUCUGCAUUCAACCUCAAUUUGCAAGUAAAUGCAAAUGGAUGAACAUCUUGAGGCUCCUCGGCUGAAUGAGCACCAGUGCUCAAGAACUUCUCUGCCUUAGUAUUGUUGAUUUAAUUACAUGGAAAUGUCUGGAUAGAUCUCUUGACAUAGAUCAUUUAAACUGCAUUAUAUCUGCAAGGACACUGAUAAUUGCAUGAAAUAUACCAACCAAGCCAGUAUUUGCAUAACUGACAA